AAAUGUAUCAUGCGCGCCCCCGCUGAAUCCUCUCCUCCCUGAGUCACACCCACUCCACCACGGUGCUGUGGGGGUAACUGGCGAGCCCCUGUAGAGGAUGGGAGGAGAGGACCAGCCCACCACCACACUCAUCUGAGAGUGCUGCAGUGAGCGCACAGCGGGAGAUUGCUGAGGCAUAAAGAACACAUAGGCUAUCAAAACACUACCAUCACUUUGGUCUAUGGAAAAACCACCAGCGGCGCCGCAUCGACGUUGUUGUUGGCCGACAUGGACGAUUAUUUGCGGAGCGUCAGAAGCACGUUGGGGGCAGGGGGAUGGGUCGCUGGCCGCGGCGUCCAUAUCGUCCUAGGGGGACCAGAGGUAGACGUGGACACGGUGGCCUCCACCUUGAGCCUAGCGCUCCACCUCAGUCAGAAGGACCCCACCGGGCCCUCCUUCUGUGUGCCUGUGCUGCGUGGUGGUGGUGGUGGUGGGGCGGGGUUGCCGGGGGAGACAGUGGAAUACCUGCAGAGGGUGGAGGUCAGCGAGAGCUCUCUGCUCUGGAGGGAGGACGUAGACCUAACGGAGCUCCAUCAGUCUGGGAGCCUCUCACUCACACUGCUGAGGGACGACGCGCUCAAUAGCUCUGAGCACAGUAUGCUGGCGUCCAGUGUGGUGCGAACGGUCCAUCGCCGCGGGCAACGAGAUGCGUGGCAGGAGGAGGAGGCGUCGUCUGCGGCGACCACAGUCGCCAGGGAGAUUCUUCAAGAGGCAGCGGAGCAUGUCCGAGGGGUUCUGGGGGAGGUGCUCGGAGAGGCUCUGAGGCUGCAGAAGGAGAGGUUGUGGGUCCAAGAUGGCCGCCAGUCUGCCCAGCUUGAGGAGUUGGUGCAUUCUCUGGAGAAAUGGCGUGAGGUCACUGCAGUUCACCACCCAAAAAAGCAUGCCAAGCUUCAUGAUAAAGACAUUGAGCAACAGCUAACGCAAAUGCUUAAGGAAUUCACGGAUGGAGAAUUCGUCCUAGCGCUCUCCUCCAUGACCAUGGAAUCCCAGGACUGGUAUGGAUACUUGGACCAGUUAAAAUCGUUCUGCCAUCGACAUACCUAUGACAGCCUGGUUGUGGUCAAGUACACAGAUCAACCUCAACCCCCAAUGGUGCUGGUGUAUUCGGACAACAGCGACAUUCUAAAUCAGAUAUGCUGUGAGUUGGAGGAGUCUUUGAUCUGUCCCCAGUCAGUGAUGCUGGAGGCUGAGGAAUUCAUCCAAGGCUGUCUGCAGGUCUACCAUCUCCCUGGAGACAUCUUCACCUCAGCCAGCAUGGCCGCUGAGCUGGAGGAAGGGCUCCGCAGCCAACUCAAAGCUUUUGUUGAACGGCGUAGCUUUGUGCUGGCCUGCCACCCCAGCAGCAGGACCUCUUCCACAGAGGGCGUAGCCGGUAGCGUUGAGUUCUCCCAAGGCUCUUCAGGAAUCACAGACAUGUAUGGCUCGGACACAGAGAAAACAUGUGCAGACGAGGUCUCCAUUGCAGGGGAGAUGGCAGACCGGGAAGGAGACUCAGGAAAUGCAGGAGUCGGAGGAGGAGUUGGUGAACUGGUGAGCCCAGACAGCGGUAUGGCCACCAUCCGCAGCAGCCGUUCCUCCAAGGAGGGCUCUGUUUUCCUGAGUGACGACAGCCCAAUCGGUGAGAAUAUGGCUGGGGCGGCGGCGACGGCAGGACCCGGGCAACCGUUCUUCAGAAACCCUUCCCCCCUCGGGUUCUCAACCCUCUCCACACCCGUUGCACCUGAGAGGAGGAAGCAACGGCGAAGCCGAAACCGGAGCGAUAACUUGGAACUGUUUAAUUUUGACCCUUUACAAAAUAGUAACUCGUCCUUGCCAGCAAAGGUGUCCCUAGAAAACUUGGGGGAAACAGGAGCUGCUAGUCGAGGGGAAAGCUCCAGUCUGUCAGAAUAUGAGGAUCUGAGUUUGGUUGAUUUCUAUGCUCCUAAAUUUGGAUCUGCAUCUGAAGAUGCAACAUCAUCAGCCAAACAGAUAAAGUUCCAUUGUGGUGAUAUCCAUGAAGCUGAAGUUUCCCACACUCUCCUGAAUAGCUUGGUGGAUAGCAGCCAACCAAGCCAUUGUUCUUACAUCCAGGAAGAUAAGGAUGAAAGGCUUACUGGCCAUCAGCUAAAACAGAUCCUCACUCCCUCUUUGUCAGAGGUAUGGGAGGAAUUUGGCUUCAAAUCAGUGGCAGAGCAAACCAUGGUCGAAGAUAAUAUGUCAAAUUUAAAUAAUGUUGUCCAGACUGAGAGUGUGGGGAACAUUUUGGAAGCAAAUCGAGUCAAAGGUUCAAGCGAGGUUCACAUAUCAAAUUACCGGGAGGAUAAAACACUAAAACCUCAACUAAGUAUGAUUAUAGAUGCAGACAAUACCAUGAACCUGGACUCAGGAUUCACACAGUCAUUGGAUACUUCUACUUUGGCUGAUUUGCAGUUGACGCCUCCAGUCGAGGACACUGAUGGAAUGAUUUGGGCAAGUAUUGCUGGAGUUCAAGGAAAACUGUUCUCUGUAGCCAAAAAUAGAAAGUGGCCCAGCACACUUACACCAGAGAGCUCAAAAGAAGAUGAUGAGGGGAUGCUUAGAAGGAAAGGAGAGAGACAGACCGAACUGAAAGAUUUUUGGUCUUACUCAGCUGAGAAGGGCUUUAUCAAAUCUGAUAGCGGAACGACAACUUCCUACCCAGAGUCCCUAGAUAUGUGGAAUACAACUAUCCGCGAUGACAGUCUUUCACCUCUCACCACCCCCGAUGUUGAAAACCUACCGGAACUCUCUGAUUUCAAUAGUGGCCCGGUCUCCACUGUUGAGGACGGAGCUUUAAUAGAAAGCCCUCUGGGAUACACUGAGUUUGGCAUGGUGAUGUGGAACACCACCAUACAGGAAGAUAGCACUUCUUCAGUUACAAGUCCAGAUGCACCAGAAACAGGAAAAGGCUCUGGGCUCUCACAGGAUACAUCCAGAUAUGCACCUGCCACACAUAUGAACCAACAAGUCCAAAAUCAGAAGCAUGUAUAUCAGGAGAAACACACAAACAUUUUCGUGGCAGAAGAGGGUGUUCAAAUAAUCGUAGAAGAGGUGGGAGGAGAAGGUAACAGCCAGGUUAGUUAUACUUUGAGUGACCUUGUGGAGCAGGAUAUGACAGCAGAAGAUCAGCAAAAUCUGACUUUGAGCGACCAAAACCUUGAUAGUGGGGCCAUGCCUGUCCCUAAAAUGGUCACAUCCACGUCAGAGUAUGAUAAUGUAGGGGCUAGUGCUUGGACUGCCCCAACGUCUCCUGAAAUCUAUGCUAGUCCUGGCACACACAUGAUACAGUUAGAUGGAGAAUCCAGCCCUUUUAUCGCUUUUGUCAAACCUCAAGAAUCACAAAAGGGGAAUCAACACUGCGAACAGUCUGCCCCGUUACAUGAAAAUGAUCAUUCAAAAAGCCAGAUGUUCCUUUUUGAGGAAAUUAACGAGUUUGAUUGCAUUGGUUCCCCUAUCCAGUCUGAAAAUGUUAACAAUGGAAAAGAUGCACUGAAGAAGACAUCCAAUGGAUUUGAUUCUGAAGGUCAAUCAACUGUUCAAUCCCCAUUCAUUCUAGUGAAUGAUUCUCCCCUGUGCAACAGUACAGAAAGUUUUGAUUUGAGUCCAGAAGAUUCUCAAGCUAUUGCUCAAAUACACACUCAACAAGUAGUUUCCCUAAACAAAGAUGAUAGGGAAACCCUCCAAAAGGUUGCUGGGAGUAACAAAUCAACCAUGAGCAGUGACUUAUCACUUGAUUUAGAAACGACAGUUGCCCGUGUUCAUGAUGUAUCAGUCACUGAAAGAAAUGGCAAACCUCACGUUGAAGCAAGGGAAAAUGUCGAGGCUGCAGUCGUCGAAACAAUGUCCCUGAGCCCAAGCUCUGGGGGAGAGAGGGACGUACUGAGAUGUAGUCAUGACAGCCUUCUCCUCAGUAGCAUAGAUGAACUCAGGUCCAACUCAGAUGGAGAUUCUUCCUCAGGCCUAGAGAUGGAGUCCAUUGUGGUCUCUGGGUCAGUAACGGAGAGCAAGGGGGGGCAGAGUGAUGGUUUGAGCAGGGCGUGGCAGAGUGGUAGUGCCAAGCCAGUGGGAGAUGCAGGGAGGUCUAUGGAGACAUUCAGUAUGCUCUCAUGUGCUGCUACACUUCUGAAAGCCCAAGAAAUCAGGAAACAGUGCAGGCAAAAACAAACGAUAACCGAAAACGGUUCAGGUGCAUGUGAGAAUCAAGCUUUCUUGAUGCAAACUGUAGCAGCUAGACCCACUCACUCUGAUGUGGUGCCCUUGGAUAAAGGUUCACAUGAUGAACACGCCAAAAACCAGCCCUGUUCAAAAGAAGGAAUUAGUUUCCUUGAGUGCGCUGUUGAAUUGGCUACAGAUAUAUGCAGCUCCACUCAACAUGUUACAAGCGCUGAGCAUUGUCCAACAAUAAUAGAUAACACCAUUGAAGAUUUCAUUAUUCCAGAAAUUACCGGCCCAAACUUUUCAAAAACACCCCCCGAAGUUGUCCUAGAGCAGGACUUAACGGCGUCAUGUUGCAGCCUAUUGCAGGCUGCGGAAGAAACUUCAGACUGCCAGUCAAACCGCGUGGUACGGAGCAUGUCAUCCUCUUUGAGACAUCCGUCCGAUCACUUCCUCAAAACCAGAGAGGAGGUUUACGUCCAUUCCCAGAUAUCCAUGGAGGAUUCUGACGACGGGAUCCAGUCUCCCUCGGCAGCUCCGCGUCGUCCUCCUCUGCUGGGGGUGGAAUUCGGUUGGAAGGAGCCUACGGCAGGAGAAGACGUGCCCUCAAACCACUCGGAGCAGCCGUCCCCUGAGCUCACGCACAGCUCGUUUUCCCACAACAGCUCCUACAUCAGCACCCCGGUGAGCGAAUCUGGUCAGCUAACAGAGAGAGCCUGGGCUGGGUCCCCUUUCGCCGGGGAUCUCAUGGAGGAGGUUUGUGAUGAAGAGGAUGGGGGGGAUUUCAAUUCAGGGCCUCCUGUCUCUUCCUUUCGGACCGAAGGACAGGGGAAGGAGAGAGAAGGGGGAGGUUACCUUCAAAUGCCAUGCACGGGGCUCACAAAGGACCUUAUGGGGGGAGAGUGUACUGCUCAGCUUCUUGCUGUGCAGACAAUGGAGUCUACAUGGGGGGUGACUUCUCAAAGCAGAGAGGAUUCCUCAUCCAAAGAGCCGACAACGCUCCAUGGUUUCGAUGGAUCCCAAGAUCAGGAAAUGGGAGACAGUUCAAGUUACUCACAAAGUCAAAGGCACAUGGCUGGGACAGCGCAGGCCUUCGCCCUACCGCCGCCCUGCGGGAACAUUCUGUACCAGUGGACGAGAGACGCAAGCUCCACUGAGUGUCAAGCCAAACAUGGCUACAACUACCACCACACCGACCAGAGAGUUGAUAGCCAGGGCGACAGGCAUGGUGACCCUGACAGCAGUGUCGACGGUGAACCCAGCGUUUUUAUAUCCUCUGAACAAGGAGAUUAUGCUGCAUCCAUUCAGAACACCGGGCAGGAAUGCUACAAUCCAGAUGAUGAGGGGGAAGGCCAAGAUGGGUCUUAUCACAGGGGGAAGCUAGAAGGUCAGCCCAUCGACGGGUCACUGGACCACAGCGAGGGGUCUCUCACUACAGACGACGCCGUGGAAAGCGACAGUACUCCCAAGCUCAACACCGCGGCGGGCGCCCAGGAACCCAUCCCGGAGUACAGUGCGGCGGAGGAGCGCCGGGACAGCCUGCUGUGGAGGAGCGUGGCGAUCGGAGACCAGGAGCAUCGCGUGGACAUGAAGUGCAUCGAGCCAUACAGGAGGGUCGUCUCCCAUGGAGGUUACUAUGGUGACCAGAACGCCAUCAUUGUCUUUGCAGCGUGCUUCCUACCAGAUAGUAACUGUGAAAACUACAACUAUGUCAUGGAAAAUCUUUUCCUGUAUGUCAUUGGUACUUUGGAGCUGAUGGUGGCGGAGGACUAUAUGGUUGUUUAUCUAAACGGAGCCACACCGCGCCGGAGAAUGCCUGGCUUCAGCUGGAUGAAGAAGUGCUACCAGAUGAUAGACAGGAGGCUGAAGAAGAACCUGAAGCAGUUCAUAAUUGUGCAUCCUUCCUGGUUCAUACGGACUGUACUGGGUCUGACCCGACCCUUCAUAAGCUACAAGUUCAGCAGUAAGAUCAAAUAUGUGCACAGUCUGGCAGAGCUGUGGGCGAUGGUUCCCAUGGAGUAUGUGCAGAUUCCUGCGAGUAUUGUCAGGUACGAAGAGGAGAGGGGUAUACACACAUUUGCAUGCAUGAGACUGGAUAAAGAACUACAGCGAUCAGCAGACAAAGACAAGAAGAAGGGUAACUCUGCGGUGUGACGGGAGUCACCUGUGGAUUCAUCUUGAUGCAAGGCCAAUGCUACUCUAUUGAGUAUGUUGCAUGCCACGCCCUUUACAGUUCAUGGCUAUGGAGUGCAUAUGGUUGAACGUCUCCGCUGUAUAGCAGGUUAAUGGAUGUGAUGCAUAAUCAUACUCCAAACACUGUGCUGUUGCUAUGGAAGGAAUUCUGGCAUCAUUCAGAACGGAGAGAAAAUGAAAAAGAAUGUGGUUUCACACUGUAUUUGCAAAAACAUUUGUGCGAUGAAUGUGCCUAAAUGUUAUUUUAGUAUCUUCCCCUGGAUUUCGUUUGGAAUUUGUUAUUUUACCUAUGUGGUGUCAAGAUCAAUAACCAACUAUCCAGAGAUGUAUUUUUUAAUUAAAUGGAAUAGACUAGGGCUACCUAUACCACGUCAAAAUAGAGCUGUUCAUUGAGCCCUGCCCAUUGUAUUCAUUAUUGUGGGCUGUGCUGUCUUGAUUAUGUUGUCUAUUCAUUUAGUUCAUGUUUUAUGGCCAUUACCCUGUUUGAUAUGAUCAGGUCAGCUAUAUAUUUGGACUCCACUGUCAUGCAUGAAUUGCUGUCAAGGUGUCGUCGGCUCCUGGUUGGGAAACAUCUGUCUAUUUGCUUUCUUUGGUUUAUUCUGUUCCUUCGUCACAGUAAUAAAGAACCACAUAAAGCUUUCAAGAAAACAAA